UCAACAAAGCCAACCUUUUCAUUUCCAAACCAUACAUGGCAGACAAAAAGCAUCCACAAUCAUUUCACUUUCGGCUCCCUUGGCGUACUCGUGGUUCUCAAGUAGAACCCGACCCACGUCCAGUGGCUAAAACCCAAAACCCUGCCCAGACCACCACCUCAAUCCCUGUUGAGCGACCACCAUUUCGGCCUGCAGGGAAAGCCCCUGUGAAAGCCUCUCCUUCCCAAGCUCAGGCACCGUCAAGGAAUGAACCUCCACCACCAUCACCAUCUCGUUCUCCCACCGAGUCCCAAAAUUCUACUAGUGGAACAACUCAAACUCGGGUUGAAGUUGAAUCCUCUCCAUCCUCACCAUCCUCACCAUCUCGCCCUGCCACCGAGUCCCAAAAUUCUUCUAGUCGAACAACUCAAACUCGGGUUGAAGUUGAAUCCUCUCCACCCUCACCGUCUCAUGCUGCCACUGAGUCCCGAAAAGCUUCUAGUGCAACAGCUCAGACUCGGGUUGAAUCCUUUCGAUCCUCACCAUCUCCCAUAGCUUCUCAACCCCAAGCAGCAUCACAAGAAUCCCCUAAAGCGCAUUCGCAGCCCCACACUCAAGAGAACUCUCAGCUUCCUUCCUUCUCUGCUGAAUCUCCAUCACCUGCCACUCAACCAGAACCAAAGGAACCAUAUGCAGCAAUCAGCACAUCCGAAACUAUUUUCAAAGCUCAGAAUAAUACUCCAACCACCGUUCAAACUCAUGCAGCUUCCGCAGAAGCUGUGGAAACCGUUGCUUCACCCAAGAAGGUAGAUCCUGAUACCAUUGGCGGAGAUCAAAAGCACCAUCCCGAAUCAGAGACAGAGUCGAAAGAGCAUAAAGAAAGGGAGAAAGUACUGCUAGUGAUAAAAGAAGAAAAGGCAAACGAUCCAGACUAUAAAGAACUGAUGCAGGAAACAGCCACUCAACUUCAUGCUGCAGUAACAGGCUUCGGAAAGCACACCAAAGACCUACUUGAAGUUGCAUCGCAAGCAGAGCAGCGGCACAGUAAGGAAGAAGCUUUUGACAGAAAGGAGACAUUAGCCAGCUCCAGCUCCAGUUCGAAACUGACCAAAGCUCCAGAAGACACAAGCACCCCAAGGAUAUCUAUUCAGAAGAUGGUUUCAUCAACCGUGAAGCAAGCUCCCCUGCAUAGAGAAAUCAGGGAAAAUGCUUUGAAACUUAAUAAGCUGGCCAUUGAGGACCAAAUGCAUGAAAAACCAGUUAGCAUUGUAACUGUAGCUGGUGAAAACAGAGGAGCAUCAAUGCACAUUAGCUCAGAACCGGAAAAAGGAGGAGAAUUCAUGCCCAUACACCGCAGUUAUAAGACCAAUCCAGAUGACAGCCUGGAGGCUACUACUGAUGGAGAGGUAAGCAGCGAGGGGGAAAAAUUCGAUCAAACAAGUAAAGAAGAUCGACAUAUGAUAGCAUAUAUCAACAACAAUGUACAGAGCAUCAAUAAUGCUAUCGUUCUCAAUACUUCCGUGGCCGAAAGGAAUCCAGGUGUUCAGACGGUUUUUUCUCAUAGCCCAGCAGAAUCAAUCAAGCCAAAUGGUAAAUCAGAUCCCCUCAAAACACACAAGGCUCAAAUAACAAAAACACCGUCUGAGAAGCUUACUCACGAAUCCACUGUGAGACGGAGGUGCCUUCGAGGGCUCUUCAUGGAACCAAGUGAUUCAGACCCGGAUAAUCCUGAAAAGCCUCGGCGUCAUGGCUGCCGCUAUAGUUGCGGAAUGAAUAGAGAAGAUACCAAUACUGGGAUUCUCUGAUGAAGAUCUGCCAGCAGAGAUGUAAGAAAAAUAUAUAGCACGCAUAACUGUAACCGUCUGUGUACAAAAGGAGAAUAGGAAAUUAAUACGAAGCAUGUACAAAAUUCUGCAAAA